AUGCACAAGGUGCGAGGUGUACCUCAUGAGGUCGUCGACGACGAGGUUGCUAUGGAAGAUGACGAGAAGGGAGAGACCAAGGUCGACUCCAACGGAAGACUUUUGGGCUCCGAACGAGAAUACCGAGUGACGACCUUUACCCUCCCAGAACGAUCUAACACCGAAAAACUCUACAUGCUCGGUAUCGACGUGGCGAAAGCUGCUGGACAUACCGACUCAUCUCUCCUGGCACGACGAUACCAUUCGCUCGUCAAGGCCUACCUGACAGAUUCGGAAAAGGUCUUGCUGCUUGAGACCGGGAUCGGAAGCGGGUCAAACUUCCGUAACGACAGGCCGGUGACGAUCUAUGCCGCGAGGAACAUUUACAAGUACAUGGGUGCUGCUAUCAUCAAAAACGGGCGUCAUGUUAUCGACGAUUACUACGAAGACGCUGCGGCUGAGCGAUGUCGGCAGGACGGUAUCGAUCCUGGUAGUUUCGUGCCAGUACGCCAUCGAGAAGCUGCUACUGAACGUGCAACUCGAGGAGACGAUCGAGCGAUAGGCGCACCUUUUUACGCACCGGGAGCUCCUACGACGCAUUGGGGAGAGGCAGGCAUUGAUCCCUGGACAAGCGCGGCCAUCAAUCACAGACGCACGAAAUUGACAAACGACGAUGUCGGGCCGGAUAAUUGGAUGUGGAAAAUGGCCAUCUCGGCUCGAGAGUUGGAAACAGAGCUACGUGAAGAGCGGAAACAGCGAAUGAUGGAUUUAGGGGAGGUCAGGCACAUGUUUGCUUGGCACGGGCAGUACGGCCAUGAUUCGGUCGCCCACAUCAAUACAAAUGGGGUGGAGCAAGCUAGCGAGGCCAAGCCGACGUACAAGAUCCCUUCGUCUGCAAAGGUGGAGGAGCUCCUUCAAAGCGAUCCCGACUUUCGACAGCGGGUAACGGGUACAGGACCGAUGGGAAACCUCGAUGACGCUCUGAAUACCGCUAUGUUAAGCCAAAUCGACGCGGGCAGUGUCGUAGUCGAGACACCGAAGGAAACGCUGAAGCGGAAAAGAGAACGAGCGAGGCAUUACCCAGCUGGACAGGCGUACGGGGUCUAUGAGCCACACACCAAUCUGGCUCACGUGCCGAUGAACACACAACCGACCGUCGCUUCUACGAUUCGAUUACAGCCAUUACCAUGCGUCACUAACGCCAAAGGUCCUGGUUCGCGCUGGACCUGGCCUGCUCACGGCCAAAAGUCCAGCAUUAUCACAGGGCGAACCGUAGGGGAUCGCUCGAGAGCGGUCCUGAGUGUGGAAUACGUGUUCGAGGGACCACAGGAUUCGACAGAAAGGGACGAAGAAGAGAUGAGGAAGAGGUUGAAGCUGGUACAAGAAGCGGAAGAGUGGGAGCGGGGUAUAUCUAGCCAAUAA